UCACCAUUCUCCACUCUCCAAAGAAGAGCUUAAACUACUAACCCAAUGCCUAUUCUUCGUUCCUUCAUUUUCAACUUUCAAUUCCUCUUCCUUUAUUAAUAAUAAUUUUAUUUAUUGAAGUUGGCAAUAGUAAUAGACACGACAGGGAGGGAAAAAAAGAGCGAAGACGUAGUGGAAUUUGGUCCGUGUAUGCAACGAAGGAGCGAGGGGCGAACACGAUGCCCCUAACUUCCUCAUCCUAUUCAUAGCCUCCAAUCUCUCACUCUCUUCUUUCACACUCUCCCAAUGGCUUCUCAAUCACCUCCCUAUUCCCUCGACCAUGCCCUUCGUGACGUCGACGAUUACGUUCUGGAAAAUGGACCACAAGGCUUGUCAUGGGACACAUUUCAUUGUGUUUAUGAGCUUGUGCAGAAUGGCAAUGCAGCAUUUCGAGAGAACAGAAUGGAAGAGGCGAUCAACUUUUACUCAAGAGCCAAUAACAUCAAAUUGGGUGAUCCAAUCAUCCUUGGAAAUCGAAGCACAGCUUAUAUUAGGAUUACUCAAUUUUUCAUGCACAGAACAUCAUCAUCUUCAGAACGUAGGCCCUUGAGUGGGCUUGAUCCCACAACACUUGCUGAACUGGGUUUGAAGGAUGCUGAGAAGCUUGUUGAACUUCAAAGUAAUUCAGUAAAAUCAUAUCUUUUAAAGGCCAAUGCUCUUCUUUUGUUGGAGAAAUAUGAGAAAGCUCGGGAUGUUAUUCUUUCUGGCCUUCAAGUUGAUCCUUUUAGUAAUUCUCUUCGAGCUUCUCUUCAAAAUUUGGAAAGAGUGUCAUCUAGUUCAACAGGGAUGAGUACACAUGGACAACCUGAGAGAAACGAUGACUUUGAUUGCACUCUAUGCCUGAAGUUACUGUAUGAACCUGUUACAACCCCAUGUGGACAUUCUUUUUGCCGUUCAUGUCUAUAUCAGUCAAUGGAUUGUGGGAACAGAUGCCCGUUGUGCAGGACAGUUCUGUUUAUUAGUCCCAGAACAUGUUCGAUCAGUGUGACAUUGAAGAACAUCAUACAAAAGAACUUUCCUGAGGAAUAUGCUGAAAGGAAGCAAGAGCAUGAUGGUUUAAUCAAUGCUGGUGUAGAUUUACUCCCUCUUUUUGUCAUGGAUGUUGUUAUACCUUGUCAAAGGUUUCCACUUAAUAUAUUUGAAGCUCGAUAUAGACUCAUGGUAAGAAGAAUAAUGGAAGGCAAUCGUCGGAUGGGAAUGGUUAUAAUUGAUUCUUCAACUGGUUCCUUAGCUGAGUUUGCCUGUGAAGUGGAAAUCACAGAGUGUGAGCCGCUUCCAGAUGGUCGUUUUUAUAUAGAGAUUGAAAGUCGCAGGAGAUUUCGCAUAAUCCGUUCUUGGGAUCAAGAUGGGUAUCGUGUUGCAGAGGUUGAAUGGAUACAGGACAUUAUGCCAACCGAAGGGACAAGAGAAAGAGAGAUUUUACAGGAGUUGACCUAUAAUGCAGCCGAAAGUGCUCGAUCAUGGAUAGGAAGAGCUAAAGAAGCAGCAGGACAUGAUCAAAGAAAACUUGAGAAACUCGCCAGUGUUGAAGUAAUGAUGCCCUCACCAAGAGACCCUGAGCGCUUUAGUUUUUGGCUGGCUACCCUUUCCAAUCGGAGGCCUUCGGAACGAUUAGAUCUCCUACGCAUAAGAGAUACCACGGAGAGGAUUAGACGAGGCUUGAUAUUUCUCCGACAAGAGGAACAAGGCUGCAGAAUUCAGUAAGACAAUCUGAGGAGGGCUACAAAUUAGUAUUGCAAUUGAAUAUUUUGUUUAUUGCAAAUUCAUUUACAAGUCCACUCAAUAUUCUUUGGCCUAUAAAUAAUUGUUAAUGAGGUCAUUUUUGUUGUAAAAAUAGGGUUGAACCCAUUUUUUCCAAUAUAUAUAAUUGAUCAUCUACAACACAUUCAUGUUUUUUUAUUGGCCAUCAGGUUUUUACAAAUGGGCUUUUU